CCGAAUAAUAAUUACAGGUCGACUCUUUACUUCCACUAUCCAUAUAGUCUGGAUACGUUUAAUAACACGUUCAAAGGCCUGUUGCUCCACGCCCAUCUCACGAAUGUCAGUACUUCGAGCUCUUCCUCGUGUGGCCCGCGUCGUGCGCCCUGCUCCUCCGUCCUUGAGAUCCAUUUCGACCACAAACACCAUCUUCAAAUCCCCCACUGCCGAUCCCUUUCCUCUCCCUUUUUCAGACCCCGAACUUGCUCAUGCAAAUAACUCUCUCCCCUCCAACUCAGAAGAAUGGCCCCUACCCGAACCUUUGGAUCGCACUGGCGAGGACGAGAAGACACUUCGAGCGAGAUUGAUUUAUCAGACUCGUAAGAGGGGUACGCUGGAGACGGAUCUUAUUCUGUCAACAUUUGCCAGAGAUGAGCUGCCAAAUAUGGACUUUGAGGAGAUGAAACAAUUCGACAAGCUUUUGGAUGAGCCUGACUGGGAUAUCUUCUACUGGUCGGUGAAAAAGCGAGAUCCCCCUGCACGAUGGAAGGGGACGCCUCUUCUAGAAAAGCUUCAAAAACACGCUAAGAAUGAGGGCAAAGUAGUUCGAAUGAUGCCUGAGCUGAUGCAGAAGGAGCCUGACCUGUAACGGUGAGAGAGUGCAUGUAUCACCGUAGCGUGCGUAAGCCCUGGCGUGGUUUUUAGCCUGCAACCCUCCUUUCGGUAUCGUCUGGCUUCGCAC